GACCGUGCGGUUGACCUCUGUAUCAUUGCCAUCUAGAUAGAAAGUCGACGCAAUAGUUUGCGCUCGAACGCUUGAGUCUUGCCGUUGGCGCUGUACCCACACCUCCGUGCGCUGGACAGCAGCUUCUGUGUUAUCUCCAGGAGGCCCGUAGGGACCUUCUAGAUGAGACGCGGCAUCAUCAGGACGCUCGGUGUCUUGUUGCAAACGCCUCAGCCAUCGCACCUCCGAGCUCUUUCCGACAAAUCCAGUUGCUCGGCUCGUUUCUGUUUGCAGGACGUCCUCUUCCAAAAUGUCCAUAUCUCCAUUAGAGCCCACUUCAGCAGAUGUACUGGCUUCGUUUUGGGUAUCAUCGUGGGAGGAGUGCGAGAGGUUCAAUGACGAAGCGGCCUCCGAAACAUCGUCUACGACCUUGCAUUUGUCAGACUAUAUCAUGCGGGAGAGUUUAGGAAGUUAAAAAUUGUAGCGUACUUGCGCCAGCAGGUCGCUUAUCAGCUGUCUAUCGCGCUCUGUAACACGGCCUUUCAAAUACUCCAGCAUUGCAAUCAUACACU